CACCACCAUCACCUCUCUGCUAAACUGAAUUGCGUCCCCGAUGAAUCUUCCAUUGCCUCCAGAGUCCAGAUCCGUAGCCAUGAUUCUUAUUUUCAAUUGUCGACAACACGAACUAUAAUUCUUCAAUUCGGUCCUGAACUCAACUUCUCUCAAUGGACAUUCUCUUCGCUGAGAUCCAAGCAGACAUUCGCUCCAAUGACGCGCUUCGGCAAUCCGGGGCUCUUCUUCAAGCUCUCCAACAAUCUGCCGCCGGCCGUGACAUCUCUGUCAUUGCCAAAUCCGCCGUAGAAGAAAUUGUCGCCGCCCCUGCUUCCGCAGUCUGCAAAAAGCUAGCUUUCGAUCUCAUUCGCUCCACUCGCCUCACCCCUGACCUAUGGGAGACCGUCUGCGGUGGCGUCCGCUCUGAUUUCCACUUCCCUGAUCCCGAUGUCACUGCUGCUGCUGUCUCCAUUCUGGCCGCCAUUCCUUCUUACCGUCUUGGUAAGCUCAUCACGGAUUGUAACAAAGAGAUCUCUGACUGUUUUGACUCGCCCAGCGACAAUCUUAGGUUCUCGAUCACAGAGACCCUAGGCUGUGUGCUCGCUCGCGAUGACCUUGUCACACUGUGUGAGAACAACGUCAAUUUACUCGAUAGGGUUUCCAGUUGGUGGACGCGUAUUGGGCAAAACAUGCUUGACAAAUCUGAUAAUGUUUCAAAAGUUGCAUUCGAAUCUGUUGGGAGGUUAUUUCAGGAGUUCAAUUCCAAGAGAAUGAGUAGGUUGGCUGGUGACAAGCUGGUUGACAGCGAGAAUUCGCUCGCUAUUCGAUCCAAUUGGGUUUCAUCUAUGGUGGACUUUGUGUGGAAGAAGCGUAACGCUUUGAUGGCUAGGUCUCUAAUAUUGCCCGUGGAGAGUUUUAGAGUAACAGUGUUCCCUAUUGUAUAUGCAGUGAAGGCUGUAGCUUCGGGUGGGUAUGAGGUUAUUCGUAAGCUUUCAAAGUCGUCUGGUACUGUGACUGGGAGUGUUGAGGUUGAUUCCAAUGCUGAAAAAUUAGUGGGAGUUUCAGAUGUGGUUUCGCAUUUAGCACCAUUCUUAGUUUCUUCACUGGAACCGGCAUUGAUUUUUGAAGUAGGGAUUAAUAUGUUGUAUCUGGCUGAUGUGCCUGGAGGAAAGCCUGAAUGGGCAUCACAGUCAAUAAUUGCAAUUCUUACACUGUGGGAUAGACAAGAAUUCUCUUCAGCCAGAGAAAGUAUAGUUAGGGCUGUUGUCACGAAUCUUCAUCUCCUUGAUCUUCAUAUGCAGGUAUCAUUGUUCAAGAGGCUACUUUUAAUGGUGAGAAAUCUAAGAGCAGAAUCCGAUCGCAUGCAUGCUUUAGCUUGUAUAUGUCGAACAGCUCUC